AUGGGUCAGAUAUCAAGCAUUCUAACACGCCGAAAUGGACACAUACGAGGAAAUGCGGCUGAAGCAGAAGAUCCCGAACAGCAAUUAACAUUCUCAAACACACCAGAGGGAUCUUACUUCGGAACACAUUUUUUGAUGUGUGGAUGUUUGUUUAAGUUGGCAAAACCGGAAGCUUAUUUAUUUGGAGAAAAUAGUGAUUUGGAUCUUCUAGGCACAAAAGCAUCAAACUUUCCAUAUCCUAUUGGACCAUUGGGUAAUGAUGAAAUACGCCCGCUAAAUCUGUUAAUUAACAUUCGGAAGGAAUCUGUAAAAUUUCAACGUGUAAAACUCGAAGACGGCUCAUUCGACCCGAAUUUGUACCAGUUAAAUUUUGUAUUCGACAGCGAUUGUCCUUGUUCGGUUCAAGUGCAUUUCAAUGCUCGAGAAUCUGUUCAAAACGGAGAAAUGAGAUUCAUAUACAGAAAUAGAAGAGCUUUGUGCUCCGAGCAGUAUCACUUCGAUAUGGGAAGUGAUCAGCAAUUCAACAGUUUUGUCUUUGAUUCUUCACAGUGGGAUCUAAAUGAUAUGUCAUAUACUUCUGGUUUAAUUUUCCCAGUUGUCAUUGCCAUUCAAACGGAAGGUGUUGAAAAAGCGCAGUUGCAAACUACACUUUGCACAAUGGAGAUUGCUAACGAUAGUAGCAAGUCGAUUGUUCUCAAACCGCUUCGUCAAAAGAUUGUCUGCGAUGGAGUAUCCUAUCUUUUACAAGAAAUCUUUGGAAUUGAGAACAAAGAUACGUUUGAUGACGCUGACGAUGGAGGAUUAGAAUGCAUUAUUUGUCUCUCUGAGAUUCGUGAUACGGUUAUUCUUCCAUGCAGGCAUUUAUGCAUUUGUGGAAAUUGUGCAGAUAAUCUUAGAAAUAAGUUAAACAAUUGCCCAAUUUGCCGAUCGCCAUUCAAAGCAUUGAUUAGAUUGCGAGCUCAUCGUCAAACCAGAACUCAAAUAUUUGAGACUGUUAGCGUUGUUGAGGGUCUGAAUGGCCUGCACGGAUUAACCUCUGGUGACGGAAAUUCAUCGGAUGAAUGUGCAGCUAGACAGAGACAUUCAACUCGAAGCAGAACCGCAUUACACCAAGUUUUAACUUUGGAGGAGAUCGGCGACAAUGAAAUCCAAUGCGGAGAAUGCAUUGAAAUGACCUAUAUCACAAAUGAGACUGUUGAUGAUUCCUACGUUGAUGAAGAAGAGUUGAAUGAAGCUCCUAAGAAAAUAUCUUGCUCAGAUCAACCAAGCAGGAGCGAUAAAAUUCUAACUGCUGAGGAUUCCGAAGAAGUUCAAGAUGACGAAUGCUCGAACCCCGAUGCUAACUCAGAUAACGAAAUCGUUUUGGGCAAAAAGGAAAACAGAAGAUCCGCUGAGACAAGCCUUCGGGAUUCCUCAUCAAAGCUUCUGGGCAGCUCGGACAAUAAAUAA